GAGGUACGUGCGGCAGCAGAACAACAUUUAGCCUGACUGCGGAGGGAAACGGCGGCACGUCGGCUUCAUCCAGGCAUUAAUCCUGUUGUGGUAGCCAUGUUCUCAAAGUGGUCUCAGCCUCUAGCCUUUGGGAAAAUGUCCUAUGUGGUUUUCAUCCUGACCUCUGCUCUCUCAGUGACUUCUCUGCCCGCUGACAUAGAGAAGGGAAGGAGAAAAGUGGUGCAUGUUCUUGAGGACGACACUGGAGCGGUCAUCGUGCAGACAGCUCCUGGGAAAGUGGUGACACAUCGCGGUGGCUCCAUCACUUUGCCCUGCAGAUUCCAUCACGAGCCAGAGAACCUGGACCCAGCUCGCAUCCGGAUUAAGUGGACCAAAGUGACAGAUGAACUGCAGUUUGAGGACGUCUUUGUGGCACUCGGAAGGCAGCAGCGUGUAUUUGGAGCGUACAGAGGCCGUGUGUUUUUGGAGCAGGCGGGACCAGGUGACGCCUCAGUGAUCAUCCAAAAUGUCACGCUGGAGGACUAUGGACGCUAUGAGUGUGAAGUCACUAAUGACAUGGAAGAUGACACAGGAUUUGUCAACCUUGACCUAGAAGGAGUGGUGUUUCCCUACUACCCCCGUGAGGGGCGCUAUAAGCUCAACUACCACCAGGCUGAGGAUGCCUGCAAACAGCAGGAUGCCAUCCUGGCCUCCCACUCUCAACUGCACAAGGCCUGGCUGGAAGGACUAGACUGGUGUAAUGCUGGAUGGCUGGAGGACGGCUCAGUCCAGUACCCUAUCUCUCAUCCCAGAGAUCAGUGCGGCCGCAAGGACACCCCCGCUGGUGUUCGUAACUAUGGCUACAGGCAUAAGGAGGAUGAGCGCUAUGACACUUUCUGUUUCACUUCUAAGCCCAAUGGCAAAGUGUACUUCCUCAAACGGUUUAAGAAGGUGAACUAUGCGGAGGCGAUGAAGGCUUGCAUUCGAGAUGGGUCUGUGGUGGCCAAAGUGGGUCAGCUGUAUGCAGCAUGGAAGUUCCAGCUUCUGGACCGCUGUGAAGCUGGUUGGAUGGAGGAUGGCAGUGUCCGUUACCCCAUAGUGAACCCCCGUUCUCGCUGUGGAGGAUCCCUGCCAGGCGUCCGACACCUGGGCUUCCCUGAUAAAAAAUUCCGCCUCUAUGGGGUCUACUGUUUCCACGAGAACAAGGAUGAAAGAGCAGGUGGUACUGAAACAACAAAAAGCCCUACUAAUAGCUUGACAAGGAGCAAGAGCAGCAGCAGCAUCUCCAUGAAUGCCACAAGGGUGACUUUAAAGUGA